AUGUGUUGCGCAAGCGCGCGUUACGACUUCGAAUAACAAUCAUAUGAAAAGCGAUUAGAGAGAUGGGGGAGAAAUGCUUCCAAUUUAAUUCCCACACUGCGACAUAAUGUCUGGUUUGGUUAAGAACCAGAUCGUCAAGCAACUCGCCAGGUUCACGAAGAAUCUCUCCCCUAACAAAAUUAGCGUCAAGUUUCUCAAGGGAGAAGGAGAACUUCAUAACCUAGAGCUAGACGAGACAACACUAGCCGAGCUUCUUGAGUUGCCGCCAUGGAUUCGUCUCACGAAAGCGACGUGCAACAGAAUAUCCGCCAAGAUUCAUUGGACUCGACUCAAGACUGACCCAAUAUGUCUGUACCUAGAUUCUGUUGAAGUGGAUAUGGAAGCUAUGGAUGGAGAUGUUAACACCCCACCUCCUAGUUCCCCUCAGACACACCCACCCAAUGCACCUCAUCAGCCACCUAUAAAAGAGAAAGCUCCAAAUAGGUAUGGUUUUGUUGAGAAAGUGGUUGAUGGAAUGUUUGUUCAGAUAAACUCUGUUGUCAUCUCAUUCAAGUUUCAAGCUUUUCUUGCCAAAUUCCAGAUGUCACGUCUUGUUGUCCGAAGCACAACACCCAAGUGGCAGCCUGAUGAUCUGCGCUUGACACGGGUGAAAGAUGAAACUCGAGGAGAGGUGUUGACAUUUAAAGAAAUAACAUGGCAAACACUUAGGAUAGAUGCUAAUGCUUUGUACAAUGAAACUUUGCAGCAGCAGUCAAAUCCUUUGAGACUUAUUACAAGUCAAUCAUCUCUACACCUAACAAUCAAAAAACGUCUUGACGACUGUGCAGUGUUGUCUGCAAGGCUGGAGCUUCUUUUGGAUGACAUUCUAUGGGUUCUUACUCAGUCACAGUUACAGGCUUUAUCUGGUCUCUUACACUCUGUUAACCAGGCCAUGUCGCAUUCAAAAGUUAAGAAAGAACCUGGAACAAAUUCAACACAACACUCAGGCCAGGCUAGUCAGCAACAGACACAUUACACUGGUUCUACAAUUCAUGAACAAAAGUCAGACUUUGAGUCUUUGAAUGCACUGUUUACACGGCAUGAUGUGCGGGAAACAUCUUACCUCUUAAGGACUGGUAGCAUUGACCUGCAUUUGUGUGAUGAUUCAGAAGACAGGGGUGCUGAUGGUGGGGCAAUGCAUUUUAAGAUGAAUAAGUUAUCUGUUGACUACUUUCCGUACCAUUUGGCUGGAACAUCUCGUAAUGACUGGCCAUCUCACAAUGAGGCAUCUUUGACUCGAGCUUAUUGGGUUAAUGACCUUUUGAGUGCUUUUAGGAACUCUCAAAGGAACAAACAACUGUCACCUCAAAAAGCAACACAAAGCCAUCAUCGAGCAAGGAGUGAUGGUUCUGUUGUUGAUGUGAGUGGCAGAGAUGGUUCUUUACAUCCUUCACCACCCAGCACUCCUUCCUCUCCUUACGUAAAUUCCCGGAGAACACAUCCUUCAAGUCCAGGACAUUCUGCAAACACUGGAAAAACAGCGCAUUCUAUCAAAAACAAUUCACAGCGUCCAGUGUUUAUGCUUGAGAGCUGUUUUGUGAUUCGUUGUGAGGAAUUCUUUAUCAUGCCUGUGACUACUAGCAAUGGUUCUAAAGAGGAACUGCCAGCAUUUUUAUCAUCAGACAAAAAAGCAUUAUUUUUACCAUCAGACAUGCCAGCAUUUCAGUUAGACUUUACUCAGUAUUAUUACCCUGGAUCUGUUACAAGUGCAGUGCCUACUCCAAACUUGUUUAUUCAGUUAAACCCUAUUCAGUUGACACUAGACACUGCAACAUGUCUGUGGUUCAGCAGCUUCAUGAGAAGCAUUCUAGGACAAACAACAUGGUCCAGGGGUCCACCUGAACAAGCUACAUGUAGUUCACCAUCAGAUCAUAUUGAUAUCAGAAUUGAAGCCCUUAUGCCUAAGCUAGUUAUUCCUUGCCCAAGUGACCCUUGUGCAGCAUACAAAGAUUCUCGGCCUCAGGGUCUCCAAGUUCAAGUAUCUCAGGUGUUUAUCACAAAUUCGAGGAUUGGAAACAAGUCUACCCAGACAGACAUGUUGAUGUUCCUUCAACCUUUCCUGGGCGCAAAAACUUACACAGACUUUCAGAACUUCCCAUCCAUGCCUGCUGAUGUGCAACCUUUGCCUAACUCUUUAUGGAUAAAUGAUUGCAGUUUGCUGUCAAAAGAUGCAAAGAAUGAUAAACAUUUAAAUGGCGUUUGUCAGGAUAUUUCUGGAACUCAUCAGCCCUCACAGGUUUGGUGCCUUUCAGCAGAGCAAGUGUGGUUUGAUUUCCUUGGCAUUGACGAGAUAAAGAACCGACCGAUUUCAUUUAUAGACGCUGUCCCGGUUCAAAUCUGGAUUGCUACUCCUUUACCGUUUCAUGACCACAAUACCACAGUAAUGAAUACGACAGCGGAAGGAAUAGAGAGAACCAGCUGGUUAACCUCACCUACUCACCGGAGAACAGCUUCGGAAAUUCUUUCUCCCAAAAGGAAGGGCUCGGAGCCAGUAAUAACCAUGAAGAGCAGAACAAAUACAGGCACUCUGUUGUCAACGGCCACGAAUGUUUUACACAGUAGUGACCCUAAUAUUAGCUCCAAUCCCUCUGAGGCCCUUGAUAAUACCACACGAGAUGGACCUCCACCCGCUUAUGAGCCUAGAAAUGAACCUCGCAAGCCAUUCCCUGUUGUAAGUGAGCCUCCUCCACCUUACGAAACUCUGACGCAUCAUGAACCUGAUUUGGCUGGUGCGCCCUCAGAGGAAGUGUCUUCGUUAUCUAGGAAAGCUUUUAUAUCUGGGGACACUCCGAACGGCUUAUCAGAAUCAGAGGGAAGUGCUUGUCAGGAGCCGCCUUCAGGAUCACAAGCUGAUUUGAGCUUCCUAAUCCACAUUCCCCAAACUGUUAAAAUACAAUUGGACCACUUUCAAUUUCUCUUCCUUGUGCGCUUGCAGGAGAAGUUGUCAAAGCUACAAGAAGAUUUGGAAAAAGAUCGCUUAAGACGAAACAACGCAGACUCUGAAUUAAAUGAGUCUAAAAACGCCCAACCUUCUCUCUUUUUUUCUAUUCUUACCCGGGGUGUAGACUUAAAUGUCGUACUCCCUCCUGCCCCAGACGGAGAUGGUUCUCGUGAAGGGGGAACGCCGUCUGAAAGCACAAGUCGUAACGCAAGUAGUCUAAGUAGCUAUUUAGACACCGGCGUUGUGUUGGACAGUGGCUGUCAAUCUCCUGACGUCAUUGAUUUUAAAACACUAAGACCAGAUUCUGAGGAAGCUAUGCGGAAGGAUGGAUCGGUGUGUGUUGAUGAUCGCGAUGCUAAAUCCAGCGAAGAGGUCCCACCGUCACCUCGUGCCAGCUCAGCGCACACUUCAGGCCGAACCAGCGCUGCUUCGGCACCCGACUCCGAUGGCUGGCUGGUAGUUCCAGCUUGCGACAAAUUAGCUUCAGGGAGUGUUAAGAGUAGGGCAGAUAGCGAAGCAAGUAACUUCAGUAGUCAGUUGGGUAGCAGUAUUUCUAAAGGUUCUAGCAGCAAGGACGUUGAAGUCGAGCAUAAAGAUCCACCAAAGAUGGUCUCGAUUUUCUCCAUCGAGGGAGAGGACGUGGAGCUCGGAAUCCAUUUCCAAGGAAAUGACACAGUUGUAAAGAUUUUAUGCCCUGAGCUAAAAUGGGAAGAACUUGGUGUGAUCAAUUUUGAGAAAUAUCUGAACCGAAAGUCCUUUAGAAAGUCUCUUACAAAGACCACUAUCCCUACGGCGUCAGAGGGAACUCCCAUGAUGCGCAUGCGUAUGGAGUUUGGUCCAUGUGCGGAGCGGUACGAGCGGACAGCGGCUGAACGAGGUUUCAUGCACAUCAAAGUGAAUGGUGUUAACGGUUCCCUCCUGGUCAGUACUCUCGGGAAUAUGGCGGAGUGGAUCGAGGACGAAGUCGUGCUUCCACCAAUGCCUUUCCUAGUCGAAGUAAACAACUCGCGCGUGAGCAUCAACAACGAUCUUCCGCCCACGUUGGUGUCAGCACCUGUGCCCAUUCCAGUUGAUUUAACUGUUGAGAACAUUUCCGUCAGCCGAACCCACGACGGCGUCUUACACAUCAGACCGAUGAGCAAUGAAUCAAUCGUUCGCGAGAGUGAACAAGCGUCUGUGUCUAUCACACGAGAGGAAUCGAUAUCUGCCAGUCAGUUGAGCUUAUCAGAUUCAGCCUCAGUUUCUUCUCGUACUGAGAGCCUGGAGAAUGAGAAACAGAGUCUGAUGUCGCAGAUGGCUGUUUCUCGUGCUGCUUUGCAGUCGCUGCAGGAAGAGCGCGAUGCACUAUUAAAAACGAUCGAACGUCUGCAGCAGGAGUUGUCGUUUUCAAACCGCGAACAGGACUUGCUGCAAGAACGAAUGACAAGCUUUCAGAAAGGUGGAAGGAGAGGGUACAGAUAAGAUUGUUACCACUUGAGAAUGGUUGUGUUUCGAAUUGAUGGCGGUAGUUCGCUCUAAAUUGAAGGAAUUGAAAGACUCUUGGAGCUUCAGGAGGUCUUUCUAGGCUCACGAAGCGACUUCUAGGAUCUGGAAGUUGUUGCAUGAUUGAGAAAAAUGAGAAAUAGUUCACUGAAAAUAUUUAGUUGGACAAAGACUUUUUGUGUCGUAAUGGAACGAAUUCAGAAUUGACCCAACAUCGGCGUCCAACAAUGUUGACAUUUUAGAAUUGCAAAAAACAGUAGAGCAUAAAUUUUAUUAAAGAAGCUAAAAAAAGCCUAUGGAGCUAAGUUAAAUUCUAAAGGUCUAGAACUAUUUUUUAUAACUAGAGGCGAAAGUGUGAUAAAGAAACAUUAAGUAUCUUAAAGUAUAGGAAAACUCGCUUUUUUUGCUCGCAAUGAUAAUUUGUAGCCACAAUAACAAGUUUGAAUUCAAAGUCUUAAUAACCAAGCUCCGUAAAGUAGAAUUCUCUUUUUCUUCUGUUAGUUCUAAAGUUUGAGAACUUACACAAGGGUACGAUCGUUGAGGUGGAAUGAAUUAUUUGCUUUAUUUUUUUAUUUGAUCAUUUGUUAACAAGCAUUUAUAAUAUUUUGGGAUUAAAAUAUGGGAAAAUAAUGAAA